AUGCAUGAUGAAAGGGUUUCUCCGUUUUUGCUUUUUUUGGCUUUCGUUAAUCCGAACUACUUCCGUAUACGAAGUGCGUUCAAGUUCGGGGCCCACAGGCUGGGAGAAAUUCUUCAAAGACCAAUAGAGACAAUCAGCGACGAAAUCUCCGCAUUAUUCGAACAGACGCGCGGAAGGCAUGCAAAUCAAUGCACAUCGACCAGCAAACGGCGCCUUACCGUCUUAGAAUUCAGCGACGGAAGAGAAGACGAAGAAGAAGAAGAAGAUUCCUUCGCAUUGGAAUCGAUUUCCGACUAUGACGACAACUAUGACGACAUGCUUACGACAGAGCAGUACGCGACUGAUUUCAGCGACGAAGUCGAAAUUAGCGACGAAAAGUACGCCCUCGCAGCAGCAGCAACUAACUCCGACUCUUACGUAUCGAGCGGCGGCCAUUAUACUUCGUCGCUUUCGGAGAACUAUUUAUGUCAACCAAAAGGAGUCUCCUCUUCGAAAUCGUCUACCGAAAACGGAAGCUCGCAUGCUCAGCAAAUUGACUCCGAACACGAGAAAAAUGUCGAAACAAUGAAUAAUUUGUCUCUCGAUUUUAGAGAAACCUGUUCGACGAGCGUAGGAGGGGAAUCGGAAUAUUCUGAUUCUGAUUCCGAUCCUUUGGCCGACCUAACUGGAGACAACGACAGCAAUCUCAGGAGUUUGCUUCGCGGGCAGUUAACCCUAGGGUUUGCUCUACCUUCACCCCCGGUGCACAAUUUUUCGGCUCACCCUUCUCUAAUCCAUCACAUUAACCCGUGGGAAAUCGUUCGUCAAUCGAUGCCAUUCAGGCAUAACGAGUUUUCCCAUAUGAACCAUCCGCACCAAAUAUCCGCUGGAGCCCCGGGGUAUCAUACCACGUACCCUCACGUCGAUCCCCCGUUUCUCGGCACUCCUUUCAAUUUUGAGGGGAUGCCUAAAGCACGAGGAACCGGCACAUUCUUUCCUCCAGUGAAUCAAUUUUACGUUGACAAGUUUCCGCAUGGAAGGGGGAGGAAUAAGGGGCCGAGCUACCACUAUCAAGAUAAUUUUCGCAGGUACGGCGGCCAAAGCAACGGCGUAGGAGUAUAUAACGGUGGUGAUUCGAAUUUGUACGGAAACGGAAGAAGAUUUCAAGGCCGGAAAAAGAGUACUCAUUGGCAAUCACCUCGCGGGAAUCAAAGCAAUGGGUAUGUAAGCAACCGUUCGUGUAGGGUCGAGUUUGGAUCGGUCGGGAAUCUCGGAGACGUUUGUGGAUCUUCUUCUAGUGUUAGGGCCGGACCCACUCUCGGCGGGCCCACAAUGAAAAUGCAUCAUGGUUCAUCAUCAAUGAGCAUGCAAGAAAGGUUCGGAAGGCAGUCGAUCCACUUGAAGAAUGAAAAAGAGUUUCCUCCGUUGUGCCAAUAA